CCUCACUUAAACUCCCCCACAUCCAACCUCAAUGUCCAGCCUGCUCUGUUUCGGAACCCCGGCCAGAUGGUAACCUCAUCGGUGGGCAAAAACGAUGCCAUACAGCAUCAGCAGGCCUCUGACUCGAGGAUACGAGCUUCCCGAAGCUGCAUCAAUGACGAAUCCGGCAGUGAAGGUGUUGUGCUGCUGUCAGUGCGAUCACGACCCAUCUCAGAACAACAUGCUGCCAUUCGCGAUGCAGUCGCUUCCGUCAUGCUUGAUACAGUCCUACAGACGAACACGUCGUGUGCCAGCAUUUCCGGCCCGUCGGCCGAUUUAUGCAAGCCUCAUAGUCUGGCAACUGUCGUGACGGAAGAGGCCAACAGUUCACUUUUAACCAGCCCAACGCCAGUCAGCUGCACAAGAGAGAAGAAUCUACGUGACGGACACUAUGACCAACAGAAAUUGCCCAUCGCCCCAGCAACUGGAGCCAGAGUUGACAGUCAAUCGCGCCUCCACGAGGUCACUCAUGUCGACAAAACCAAUUCAGAGCUCGUGAAAUCGACCUUUCGGACAUCUGGUUAG